CAUGGUUGUUUCUGUUUUGCUAUCAGCCUCCUCCUCCUCUUCCACCUCUCCCCUGUUCUCUGGUUUUCUUUUCACAUAGCCUCCUUCGCUCUUUCUCUCUUUAAUCUCCGAUUAGACUGUCGCUCCCACCAUUGUGAUUUGUUACGAGGGUUUGGUUUGAAUCGAAAUGGUAGAUGAAUCCGUUUGACAGAGCAUGUUAAACUGACUGCCUGGCUGCUCUGGAAUUUUGAAGAUCAAAACCCAGUCGUGCUUACUACCUCUUUUUGACCUUGUUUGGAUAUAUAUAUACACUUAUAAUGAUGAGAUAUCAAAGAUUGAGCCCUGAUGGUCUUCCUUCAAGUAAUGGCAACAAAAAACCCAAUUUGAGAACUACCACAACGUGCAAGCAAGACAUCAACGGCGAUAAUGGAAGAACAAUGCCAAAUCGAUUCCUCAACAGCACCGAUAGUUUUGAAAGUAAACCCUUCAGGUUCAGAUCCCCUUCUAGAACAACUCAAGACGUCAAUGGAGUUGUUAAUGGUGGUCUGGGUUCUCCUUCAAUCUCUGACCACCACCAGGAGGAGCACCAUCCCAGUCCCUGCCGUAUAGGCAGUGGCGGUGGUGAGCUGUUACAGUGGGGAAUUAAAAAGAGGGGUAGGGUUUCAAGGUCAGAGAUCCGGUCUCAAGCCGAUGAUGAAUCAUCAUCUUCAUCGGCCGUCAAUAAGGUCCAGGUCCAACGCAGAGUCACGGAGGCCGACAAGAUGCCGCCGCCUCCCCCUCCGCCGCCCCCACACCAACCGUCCACUGUCAGAGUUGCUAACCCAAAAACAGAAAACCCUUUUUUCCUUCCAAACAAUCACCGGAAAUUAGAAGCGCGAUUGGCCACCGGAAAUGGCUCGCCGUCAAGGAGUGGUUAUGGCAGCGGAGUACGCAAUGUUUCGAGAUCUUCGGCUGUCGGAAAACGAUCUCCUCCUGCCGUGGAAAAACUUGAUAAAAAGAUGCCUUAUUCAAGGUCAGGUAAAGAAGAGAAAACAAAUGCAUCCACAGCUCAAGCUGGUGAUGAGACUCCAGCAAAAUCAGAACAAGAAGCUGUGGUUACCAAUAAUACUAGUAGUACUGGAUUAGAGAAGAAGGGGAGUGUUGAAGUGAUUGAAUGGCCAAGGAUUUACGUUUCUUUGUCAAGGAAGGAGAAGGAGGAGGAUUUUCUAGCAAUGAAAGGCACGAAACUUCCACAUAGACCCAAAAAGAGAGCCAAGAAUGUAGACAAAACACUCCAGUAUUGUUUUCCAGGAAUGUGGCUGUCAGACUUGACUAAGAGUCGUUAUGAAGUUAGAGAGAAAAAAAGUGUGAAAAAGCAGAAGAGAAGAGGCUUAAAGGGUAUGGGGAGCAUGGACAGUGAUUCUGAAUAAAUGCUAUUAGUUCACCCUUGUGAAAGCGCUAUUAACACCUGGAGGCUGGAGGAUGAUUGUGGGGAGUGGGGAUUGGGGACUGGGAGGAGCUAGGGAGUUGCCAAGACUGAAGAAGAGCCCCAUCACUCCUCUCUGGGUGGGCCCAAACUUCAUGUCCAGCACCCCCAAACUUCAUGUCCAGCACCCACACCAGCUUUCACGACAUGUGACCUCAUGAUUUGUCAUUUUGUACAUACAACGUUUACUCAACCCUCACGUGCGAGACAUGUGGUGAUUAUCCAUUUAUGAUUUAUCCAAACCUCCAUACCCCAUAGGUGCUUUGUUAUUUAUUUUGGUUUAAGCAUUUUUUUUAGUUGAAAAUUCAAAUGUACCUCAUCCUCUCUUAAUCAUGCUGCUUCUACACUUCAUUUUCGAUCCGGGGAGGAUCUGUGCAUUAUGAACAGGGUUAAUGAACA